AUGUCAGAAUACUCAGAAUACUUUAAAAAUAUUUCACCUAUAAGCACUGCUUCGGAUUUGGGUUUUAUUUUGGAUUCGAAAUUGGAAAUUUUUAAACCUACUGAAAAUUCUUUAAUUCAAUUGGCAGAAUUGAUGAGACCAAAUAGGUUUGAAAUUUCAGAUCAAGAUAUAUUCACAGAAUUGAUGGAACUAGAUGAGUCUGAAAUUUCAGAUCAAGAACUAGAUGAAUUUGAACCAUUGAAUCAAAGUCCUUUAAUUGUGUCAGAAUUAGAAAAUCUUGAUUCUACAGAACUUCUCUUGUUAACUGAACCAGUAGAAUUAGUUACUGGAUCAUAUUUUCCUUCUUGGUUAAUUGCUGAACACUAUGUUAAGGAGCAUGGUCGGCAAAGAGGAUUUGCUAUCAAUCGCUAUAGAGUUAGUUAUUACAAAAACUCUAAUUCAUCUAAUCAAAUUAUGAAAAAAAGAACACUUUCUUGUAAGCAUGCUGGAAUCCAUAAGCCUAAGAAAACAAAACUAUUGGAUCAGCAAUAUAAUAAAGAGUUAAAAAAAACGAAUUGCAAGUGGUAUGUUAAUUUAUCUAAGCCUAACAAUAGCAGUUUUGUACAUGUAACUUGUGUACAAUUAGAACAUAACCAUGAAUUGUUGGUUGAUAAUGCAAAAUUCGCUACAAGAUUCAGAAAAUUUGAUCAGCCAAUAUUAGCAGAAAUUGAGCAUGCAGUGAAUCUUUCUAAUGCUAUUCAGAAAAUCAAAUAUGAUAGACAAAUUACAGGAUCUGAUGCAUCUCAAUUGUUAAAAUUUUUACUUAAUCAACAAAAAGAGGAGCUAUUGAUAUUUGUACAGCCAUUAAUAAACACAAAUAGUUGUGAACCGAAAGGUAUAUUGACUGAUAUGGAUCUAGCAAUAGAAGCUGUGUGUAAGCACAUGUCUCAAAAUUUACCAAAACGACUUAAAGCCAAGCUCAGAACUGCAAAUUUCAAGCAAUUUAUUUGUGACUUUUGGAAAAUGCAUAAUGCAUUAUGUGUAGAUGUUUUUGAGCAACAAUUUCAAGCCCUAUUGAAAACUUACUCUAGUAUUAAUAGAUAUUUACAAGAUCCACUUUAUUCAACACGUUCAACUAUGUCAGAUGAUCAAAAUGAAUCCUAUGAAAAUCUGAUCACAACUGAUAAUUCAGAAGACAUCAAGGAUAUUGAAGACUACUACAAUUAUCAGCAAAUAUAUUUAAAAUCACCAUUAAAUUCAGUUGAGAGAAAUUCAGUUAAAGAAAUAUGGCAAAUUGUUCCUUAUAUGAUACCAAGUUCAUAUCAGCAUAUUAUAAUUCUUAACGAUGGAACUCACUUAUAUACAUGUUUAUUAUUAGUUUCUAAUAAGAUUGUUUGUUACUAUUAUUUCAAGUUAAUGAUUAAAAGUCAAAAUGCUUUGUUUCACCCAUUGCAAAUGCCAACAAGAUGGCUCAGAGAUGAAGUCUGGACUUCUGUUGAUUUUAUUUUUAAAGAACUAUUUAUUGAAACGUCAUCGAAAAAUUUGAACCAAGAUAUCUUUCAGCAAACUAAUUUACUUCUAGACAUUAUAAUAAUGUUCAAGAAGUUCAGACUCAAAGAUAAUGAUCAGAGUGGUUUAGAUGACAUUAUAUUAGCGUAUAUUUCUGAAAAAGUGGCAAAGCUAAAUAAUAAGAUACAAUUAGAAAGAGAGAAUGUCUUUAAUAAAGAUAUAAAUUCAAAUAAUAUAAUAAAAUUGCCAGAUAGUCACGUUUACAAUGUGGAUGAUAUUAAAGAUUUAACAAAAUAUAAGGUAAAAAGUAGUAAUGUUGUUCAAAAAGAAAUUAUUUAUGAAGAACUUGAGAAUGCAGUAAGUAGUAGUAGUGAUAAUACUAGUGGAUAUAAAUGUAGAUUAUACAAUAAGACUGGGCAUUAUGCACCUAGAUGUCCUA